ACAUUUUGCUGCUCUCUCGGAGAAUGUGCGCAGCCAUCUUAAUACAAACAACGAAGAGUUAUGUUUUUUAGGCUAGCAGUAGAUAGAUGCUAGACGAAAAGAAGGAUUUUCAGGGUAUUGUGGACCAAAAGGAACUUGGAUGCUAGCUACAGGAAGUGACAGCAUUGAUUCAGAAGGGAAGCGAAAGAAAAGGAGACCCUCGGAGAACAAUCAUCACGCUCAAAUCGACAGGAAAAAGUUGAAAAAGGACGAAGCCACUGUCGCCGAGUCGAUGGGUGAAUCUGUACCAAGGAGGGCCAAUUUUUCAGCCCUUAGCCCGUCAAACAAUGGCUUUACGACAAGCAGGGCAUCACCAAUUGUUAGCAGUAAACCUGGCUCUGGAAAAAAGCUCAUCAUAAAAAAUUUCAGGGUAAAACCAGAGCUUCCAGAAAAUUACCAAGAAGAAACAUGGAAUCGAUUAAAGGAAGCUGUUCGAGCGAUCCACAAUAGCAGAGCAAUCAAGUACAGUCUGGAAGAGCUGUACCAAGCAGUGGAGAACAUGUGCUCCCACAAGAUGUCCGCCUCCCUGUACGAAAAGCUGAAACUGGUUUGCGAAGCACAUGUGGAGUCGCAGUUGCCGCCACUCACCAGUGAUAUGCAAGAUAGCUUGUCUUACCUAAAACUUGUCAAUAAAUGCUGGCAAGACCAUUGUCAGCAAAUGAUUAUGAUUCGAAGCAUAUUCCUGUUCUUGGAUAGGACCUAUGUCCUCCAGAAUUCAAUGGUAUCCUCUUUGUGGGAUAUGGGACUGGAUUUGUUUAGGCUUCACAUCAUCAGCAACAAGCUAGUAGAAACACGAACAGUUGAAGGACUUUUGCUGCUUAUAGCGAACGAACGUGCUGCAGACGUGGUUGAUCACAGUCUGCUUAAGAGCCUGCUUAGGAUGUUGUCAGAUCUUCAGAUUUAUGCAAACGCAUUUGAGAAAAAGUUUCUGGAUGCUACUGACAGGCUGUAUGCGUUGGAAGGACAGCGUUUGAUGGAAGAAAGAGAUGUCCCAGAGUACUUGACACAUUGUGAUAGACGUGUGGAUGAAGAAAACCAGCGAAUACUGCAUUACCUUGACCACAGUACAAGGAAACCUCUGAUAGCAUCCGUAGAGAAACAACUACUGGAAGUACAUGUGCAAAGAAUACUACACAAAGGUCUUGAUAACCUCCUUGAUUUAAACAGGACGCAUUAUCUAAGCCUGUUAUACAGUUUGCUAAGCAGAACUAAGACAGGCCUAAGCCAGCUAUGUACUCACUUCAAUACAUACGUAAAGAAAACUGGCGCAGCAAUCGUAGUGAAUCCGGAAAAGGAUAAGACAAUGGUGCAGGAGCUACUAGACUUCAAGGAGAAGAUGGACAGUAUCCUCCUGAAAUGCUUCUGUAAGAACGAUGUGUUUACCAACAGUUUAAAGGACGCGUUUGAAACAUUCAUCAACAAGAGAGCGAACAAACCGGCAGAAUUAGUCGCAAAGUAUGUUGACAGCAAACUGAAGACUGGCAACAAAGAGGCAACAGAGGAGGAAUUGGAGCGGUUGCUGGACAAGAUACUGGUCAUCUUCAGAUUCAUCCAUGGGAAAGACGUAUUUGAAGCCUUCUAUAAGAAGGACCUUGCCAAGAGGUUACUAGUCGGCAAGAGUGCAUCCGUAGAUGCAGAGAAGUCAAUGUUAACAAAGCUUAAACAAGAAUGUGGUGGGGCAUUUACAAGUAAGUUGGAAGGCAUGUUCAAGGAUAUGGAACUAUCAAAAGAUAUUAUGGUAGCAUUCAAACAGCAUGUACAGCAUCAAUCCGUGCCUGGCAACGUUGAGAUGACAGUAAAUAUUCUGACAAUGGGGUACUGGCCCACGUACACACCCAUGGAGGUUCAUUUGCCUUCAAAUAUGGUAAAGCUACAGGAAAUGUUCAAAACAUUUUAUCUGAGCAAGCACAGUGGACGAAAGUUACAAUGGCAGCCAAACCUUGGACAUUGUGUUAUGAAGGCCUCUUUUAAAAAGAGUAUGAGAGAACUUAGUGUAUCAUUGUUUCAAACGCUUGUUUUACUUAUGUUUAAUGAUAGUACGGAAUACACAUUAGAAGACAUAAGACAAGCUACAGGCAUUGAGGAUAGUGAGCUUCGAAGAACGUUACAGUCCCUUGCAUGUGGCAAAGCCCGGGUAAUUCUGAAGACGCCCAAGAGUAAAGAUGUGUUUGAUGGGGAUAAGUUCAUUUACAAUGCAGAGUUUGAUCACAAGUUUUUCCGCAUCAAAAUCAACCAAAUACAGAUGAAAGAAACAAUCGAAGAGCAAGCCACUACACAGGAACGUGUCUUCCAAGACAGGCAGUAUCAAAUUGACGCGGCAAUCGUACGAAUCAUGAAGAUGCGAAAGACAUUGAGUCAUGCAUUACUGGUGUCAGAGCUCUAUAACCAGUUGAAGUUUCCAGUUAAGCCCACAGAUCUGAAAAAGCGUAUAGAAAGUUUGAUCGAAAGAGAUUACAUGGAACGCGAUAAGGACAGUUCAAAUCAGUACCACUACGUAGCCUGAACAAAUUAUAUAUUAAAAAUAGUGUACAGCAAGUAAUCAGUAUCAGAAAACAGCAGUUGUUUUCUGUGCUACUUCACCGGGCGUAGAAGAAAUUCGGGCAGGUUAUGUUUGUUUUCUGGACAAGUGGUCCACCCUUGGAUGCUGUGGCAUUUUUUCUUAGCUAUUGUAAUGACGAAUAUUUCAUUCGUCUGCCACUCGUAAACUUGGGUAUUACACUAUCUCUGUCGCUGCCGUUGUUGCUACUUUUAGUCAAUUAUAAUUUAAAAAUAUUUAAUGUACCCUUGGAUUCAUAAUAACUUAAGGUGGAAAGUCUGUUCAUUUCAUGGUGUAGUUUUUAGCCAAAAAUAACAUCUUCCCUUCUGACAUCUGGAUGCAUCCAGGCUAAGUUUCAUUUUUUGAUAGAGGGCAGCAUAACAAGAUUUUUUUCUUUCUCUGAUACCAGGAACAUUGAUUUACCUCCCAACUGAUCUACCUAAUAAUGAUCGAUGUGUUACUAAUAAACAACAAACAAUGUGUGACAUUGUGAAUCACUUGUUAAGUUUUGUUUUUGGCUUGUAUACAACAUAACUAUGUUAACCUUCAUUACAAUUGUAUGCAUCCAGUACUAACAUGACAAAAGUAUGGUUACAAAUAGAAAAAAGAUAUUACAGGUUAUCAAUUCUGUAAUGCAUUUGGUUACAUGACCUUUUCGUAUUUAUUCAGUUCGGCUUGGCAGCUAGAACGUUUUACUUCGUAUUCCAUAGUUCUGGAUUCAAUUCCUCCAAUCUUCACUACCUACGUUUUGCUUCAAGGAUUAUGUAAACCUUCAACUGGUAACACGAGAGAGAUGAUGCAACAUUUACUAUCAUGAGAGUUUUUGAAUCGCUCUCUUAUGUUAAUUAGAGAAGCAAAAGAAUUCGAUGACAUUAAGUGAAGAAAUGGAUUAGACAGGAUCAGACUUUUUAGCCAUACCUCCGAAAAAAAAGUGUACUAGCUGAAAAUGUUUGUGAGUUUGAACUAGGCCAUGUUGUUCGUUGAAUUCAACAAUUUACCCACUUUAACCCACUUGUAUUUUCUGAAAUGAUGAUUCAUUGUUUUGUAUAUUAUUGUAUUAUUUGUUACUGGCUAUUUUGUAUAUUGAUGAAGCCGUUGAAAGUAGGCAUAGAGGAAUAAGCAACCAUUAUAACAAUAUACAACUUUGCUGUUUCAUUUUGAUAUUGAAUCGUAAUAAUUUACGCGAGGGGUGGCGCCAGGAUGUGCUCAACAGGGGGCCUGAUAUUCCGACAGUGGAGCCGGACUCCCCGAAAAGAGCGUAAAUCUCUUGGAAGUGAUCCAUGGAGCGAACCGCCAUGAAGCAACUCAACAGUUUAAUGCUAUUAACAAAUAAAUAUUUAACUAUUAAAGGCAUUUCAUUUUUCAAAAAAUAUUUACAGGGACAAAUUUUUAAAUUAAUAUAUAAUCUCAAAUUGAGUUUUGCAUUUCAUUUGUGUCCAAUUUCAAAAAAUUUAUUUUUUUUUUUGGAAGUUUUUUUAGGCCCCUGUGUCCAUUAAAUCUAGUUGACCUAGUGUGAACUGAUACUCAUUAAAUAAUAAUUUUUUGAACGAGAA